AUGGAAAAGUGCAUCAUCCUGAAGUCCCGCUGCUCUGAACACCGGGGUGUCGUUUUGCAUGAACAUGUUCGUUCUCUCGGCCCCAGUGGGAAGAAGUUCCGGAGCAAACCCCAGCUGGCACGGUACCUGGGGGGUUCCAUGGACCUGAGCACCUUUGACUUCCGGACGGGCAAGAUGCUGAUGAGCAAGAUGAACAAGAGCCGGCAGAGGGUCCGCUAUGACUCGUCCAACCAGGUCAAGGGCAAGCCCGACCUGAACACGGCCCUCCCCGUCAGGCAGACGGCAUCCAUCUUCAAGCAGCCAGUGACCAAGAUCACCAACCACCCCAGCAACAAGGUGAAGAGUGACCCCCAGAAGGCCGUGGAGCAGCCUCGGCAGCUUUUCUGGGAGAAGAAGCUGAGUGGCCUCAAUGCCUUUGACAUCGCCGAGGAGCUCGUGAAGACCAUGGACCUGCCCAAAGGCCUGCAAGGCGUGGGGCCUGGCUGCACGGAUGAGACCCUGCUGUCGGCCAUCGCCAGUGCCCUGCACACCAGCACCAUGCCCAUCACCGGGCAGCUCUCGGCCGCCGUGGAGAAGAACCCCGGGGUGUGGCUCAACACGGCCCAGCCCCUCUGCAAGGCCUUCAUGGUGACCGAUGAGGACAUCAGGAAGCAGGAGGAGCUGGUGCAGCAGGUGCGCAAGCGGCUGGAGGAGGCGCUGAUGGCUGACAUGCUGGCCCACGUAGAGGAGCUGGCCCGGGACGGCGAAGCGCCGCUGGACAAGCCCGGCGCCGACGAGGACGAGGACGAGGACGAGGACGAGGACGAGCCCGACCAGGACCAGGAGAUGGAGCACGUCUAAAGCAGAGGCCCCGUAGAGCCCUGCCUGCAGGGAGCCUCCUGCAGACUCCGCCUUCUCCACGCUCGGACCACGCUCUGUGGCCCGGCCCAGGACGAUGGCGGCCCCUCCUAGGCCCUCCCAGGCGUGUCCCCUCCCCUGGGCCCACGGGGGCACGGCUGGAGGGCAGCCCCUGCCUGACGGGCCCCCCACGUUGGCUCUUCUCUGAAGGGCCUGGGUCCGGAAGUGUCCGCCGGCCCCGGGCCCGCCUGCAGGAGGCCCCCCUUGGAGCUGUCACUCCACCUGGACUCGGGGCC